AGAAAUAAUACCAAUAACCUGCAACGUGACUUUUUGGUGUUCGACUACAGAGCAAAACGGCAUGAGAGUAAAACCGAAUAUUUUGAUUUCUGGGACACCAGGAACUGGUAAGACGACAUUGGCACAAGAACUGGCAAAUGUUACUAACCUCAACUUUGUAAGCAUUGGACAAAUUGCAAAGGAAAACGAAUUGUUCUGUGGUUAUGAUGAUCAAUUGCAAUGUCCCAUUCUGGAUGAAGAAAGAGUACUGGAUGAACUUGAAGAGCAAAUGAGUGAAGGAGGUAAUAUAGUGGAUUAUCAUGGCUGUGAAUUCUUUCCACAAAGGUGGUUUGACAUUGUCUUUGUAUUACGCACUGAUAACACCAUUUUGCAUGAAAGAUUAUCACAAAGAGGAUAUAAUGAGAUGAAGCUAAAAAAUAAUAUUGAAUCUGAAAUAUUUCAAAUCAUUCUUGACGAAGCACGCGAGUCUUAUGAUGAACAAAUUGUACAUGAACUUGAGAGUAACACCCCUGAAAAUAUGGAAAAAAAUAUUGAACAAAUAGUUGUGUGGGUAAACCAGUGGUCAACCCCUGCUGACUGAUGGUCAAAGUCACUGAUGUAUCCAAAGGAUAUACUAAACCUUUUAUUGGAGUUUUCAGAAAAUACCAAAAGCGAGAGUGUUCUGUUAAUUAUGUGGAAAUGAACUGUUGGUAUUGUAAUUUACAGCCAAAUAUAUUUGGUAUUAAGUUUUCAUUUUUUUAUUCUUGUUUCCUUUGGUGCUGUUUUGCAAAUCGUUCUAUGAACUUUUUAAAAAAAUGGAAUAUACGUGGUCUACUUGGUAGACUGUCAAACAUUUUAGUUGCUAAACGUGAGGGAACUUCUGAUACUUACGUCAUAGGCGUAUACAUACUUAAUAUUUUAUUCUCAUCCGAUCUGUUACCCUGCAAACUCACUCAAACAGUAAAACUUGAAUACAAUUUUUAAUGAAUAA